AUGUCAUAUGUGAAGCUUGAGCUUGAGACAGCUUAUGUAUUUUCAUUUCCAGUAACCAACAAGUUUCCAAUGGUUCGCUUUUUGAAAGAGAAAUGUUGUUCGGAAAGACAGCCAUCAAAUGCAGAGGAUCCCGAAGUGGCCGGAAAUAAUAACAUCGCAGGCGGGAAAGAUUCUAAAAAUAAGAGAAUUGAGACACCUAUACUAAUUGCUGCAAAGAACGGAGUGACAGAGAUGGUUGAGAAGAAUCUAGAAUUGUUUCCGGUGGCUAUUGACGACAUGAAUGAUGAGAAAAAGAAUAUAGUGUUAUCGGCAGUGGAGAACACACAGCUCGGAAUUUUAGAAGCAGUGAACAAAAGCAAUCACUGGAAAUACCUUAUUCAGUCAAUUGAUAUUGAUGGCAAUAAUAUAUUCCACUUGGUUGCAAAGUACGAAUUGCAGAUUCAGGGCUAUAGUGCCUUGCAAAUGCAAGAUGAAAUCAAGUGGUAUGACGUAAAUGAUCAGAUAUAUGUGAAAUCGUUUCUGCCCUCCCACUUCAUAUUCCUUGAAAACAAAAAAGGAGAAACUCCGGAAGAAGUCUUCCUUAGACAUCAUAAAGAUCUUGUUGAAAAGAGUGAUGAAUGGCUUAGUCGUACGUCUGAAUAUUGCUCAGUGGUGGCGACGCUGGUUGCCGGAGUUUCCUUUGCGACAUCAAGCAAUAUACCCGGUGGCAACGAUGAUAAGACUGGCAAGCCAACCUUAGAAGGACAUGAUGGGUUUGAUAUUUUUGCUAUCACUGCACUUAUUGCGCUCUGCUUCUCUGUCACUGCGUUGAUCAUGUUUCUUUCCAUACUCAUCUCUCGAAAACAACCCGCUGAUUUUAUGAAAAGAUUGCCGGUGAAGCUUUUUCUGGCCUUAAGCUCGCUUUUUGUGUCCAUUUUCUCAAUGUUCUUCUCUUUCUGCGCCGCACAUUCCUUUGUGCUUGAGGACAAGUUCAAGAAAUCAGUGCUUCUUCUUUAUAUUAUCAUUUGUCUUCCUGUCUACUUCACCAUUGUAGAAUUUCCACUCUACAUGGAUCUUUUCAAAGGUAUUUUUAUGAAAGUUCCACAACCAUACAAUCAAAGACGUAUUUAG